UUGCACAUUGUUGAUCCCCAUAAGAAACCUGUUACUUACAAUUUCCUUCUCUAUUGUUAAUCAAUUCCUUCACAAGCUUCUUGUUUCCAUUCCCCUAUAUAAACCCUCCCCUGCUUCCCCUGUUUUCCACACAUCAAAACAGUUUCCAACAACUACAACAAUUAAACAUGAAAAUGAAGAAUCUCUUAUGUGUUGCUCUGUCCCUUGCUUUGGUUCUUGGCCUAGCCAAGAGCUUCGAUUUCCACGAGAGCGAUGUGGGAUCGGAGAAGAGCCUGUGGGACUUGUAUGAGAGAUGGAGGAGCCACCACACGGUUUCUCGGAGCCUCGAUGACAAACACAAGCGCUUUAACGUGUUCAAAGCCAAUGUGAUGCAUGUCCACAACACUAACAAAAUGGACAAGCCUUACAAGCUGAAGCUGAAUAAAUUUGCAGACAUGACCAACCAUGAAUUUAGGAGUGCCUAUGCUGGAUCAAAGGUUAAUCACCACAGAAUGUUCAGAGGAGCAACACGUGGGAAUGGGAGCUUCAUGUAUGAGAAGAUUAAUAGAGUUCCUCCUUCUGUGGAUUGGAGGAAGAAGGGUGCUGUCACUGAUGUAAAGGAUCAAGGCCAAUGUGGAAGCUGCUGGGCGUUUUCAACUGUUGUAGCUGUUGAAGGCAUUAACCAAAUCAAGACAAAUAAGCUGGUCUCAUUGUCUGAGCAAGAGCUGGUGGAUUGUGACACUAAAGAAAAUGCUGGAUGCAAUGGUGGGCUGAUGGAAUAUGCUUUUGAGUUCAUCAAGCAAAAGGGAGGCAUAACAACAGAAAACAAUUACCCUUACAAAGCAAAUGCCGGAUCUUGUGAUGCAUCAAAGGAGAAUGAUCCAGUAGUUUCAAUUGAUGGCCAUGAGACUGUUCCUGCUAACGACGAAGCCGCGUUGCUCAAUGCUGUUGCCAACCAACCUGUAUCUGUAGCUAUAGAUGCUGGUGGAUCUGAUUUCCAAUUCUACUCAGAGGGGGUAUUUACUGGCGAUUGUGGCACGGGGCUUGAUCAUGGUGUAGCGGUUGUGGGAUAUGGAACAACUGUUGAUGGAACUGACUACUGGAUAGUGAAGAACUCUUGGGGGCCAGAAUGGGGAGAACAGGGUUAUAUCAGAAUGCAGAGGAACAUAUCUGACAAGGAGGGGCUAUGUGGCAUAGCUAUGGAGGCUUCCUACCCAAUCAAAAACUCCUCUGAGAAUCCAAAACCACGUUCAUCUCCUAAAGAUGAGCUUUAAUCUCAUGAUCUCAUGAGCUAAGCUAGAAAAAGUUGUUUCAGAUUUGAUGUCAAUGUAUUCAUCUACAUAUUUAUGCUUAUAUCUCCUAGCUAAAUAAACAUAUCUUUCAAUUUGAUUUCA